AUUUGAUGACACCAAGCAGCAGAUGGGCCAUGACCUGAAGCGGGCACACGAGCUGCUUGAAGCUAUCCCAGCGCGCCCCCCGGCUACCCCGCCGGUCUCUUUCGCUGACGUCAAGUGUUCAUCACCCUCAUCCGAGCCUGGCAAUGUGAGGACGAACGUCUCCAACAACACCUUGGCAUCGUCCUUGGCAAAUGAGCUCUAUUGCACGAUUUACACGUCGCGGGUCGAAGAAGGGAACAGAGACUGUGCACAGCUAGGACCAAUCCGGAAAGCCAUCGAAAAUGAGAUGAGGACGAAGGAUGGCCAGGCGGCCUGAAGAUGCGCCGCCGUUGUAAGGGAUGCCCGGAACACAGAGCGAGUCAAGGUCAUCUGCAGAGAUGAAAACGAAUUGAAGCAGGUCAAGGAAGCCGCGCAGAAGACGGUGGUCGUGGGAGUGAGGGUGAUGAGAGACCAGCUCUACCCGGUGAAGGUGGACAACGCCAACCGAACUGCAGUGCUAGACGCAGAAGGGAACGUCCUACCUGGCGC